GUUCCUCUUUUUCACCAAGUCACACAGAUGCGCACAGCACACAAACUUCCUUGUCCAAGCCCAGUGCGCUGCGCUCCGUCGCCCCGUCCGCAUCUUCAGCCUGAACCAAAGAGACCAACAAAAAAAAAAGUACAGUUAAGAAAUGGAACCUACGGAAAAGAAAUGAGGAUUAUUCUUUAGUCGGUCAUCUGAAUCUGUAGACGAGCACAUAGACAUCCGCAGAAGCAACAGUCGAAGAGCGAAGGCACCAUGGGCUGCGUGGGCUCCAAGAAGGAGCAGGAGCCUCUCAGCAAAGGGAUGGGCAACGACGACCUGCAGAACCGUGCGCAGACAGCCCACUAUGUCAAAGACCCCACCGCAGGAAACUCCAUGAACAAAGCUGGCAAAAUGCCAUCCAACUCUUCAGAUGGAGAGAACAUUGUCAUAGCCCUGUUCGACUAUGAAGCCAUUCACGAUGGCGACCUUGGCUUCAGGAAGGGAGAUAAACUCAAAAUCUUAGAGGAAUCGGGGGAGUGGUGGAAAGCUAAGUCAAUCAGUUCAGGUCAGGAAGGCUUUAUCCCCAGUAAUUAUGUGGCCAAAGAUACUCUGGAGGCUGAGGAGUGGUUCUUUAAAGGCGUGAGCAGGAAAGAUGCUGAGAGGCAGCUGCUGGCCCCUGGCAACAAACUGGGAUCCUACAUGAUCCGAGACAGUGAGACCACCCAGGGCAGCUACUCCCUGUCUGUCAGGGACCUCGAUCCUCAGUCCGGGGACACUGUUAAACAUUAUAAGAUCCGUACGCUGGACAACGGAGGGUUCUACAUCUCUCCCCGCAACACCUUCAGCACCCUGCUGGAGCUGGUCAACCAUUACAAGAAGCAAGGAGACGGCCUCUGCCAAACACUGACCAGCCCGUGCUUGAGCGCCAAACCUGAGAAGCCGUGGGAGAAAGAUGCCUGGGAAAUCCCGAGAUCAUCCCUCAAACUGGAAAGGAAGCUUGGUGCUGGCCAGUUUGGAGAAGUCUGGAUGGCUACGUACAAUAAGCACACCAAAGUAGCAGUAAAGACCAUGAAGCCUGGCAGCAUGUCAGUGGAAGCCUUCAUGGGCGAGGCCAACCUGAUGAAAAGUCUACAGCAUGACAAACUGGUACGACUCAAUGCCGUGGUCAGCAAGGAGGAGCCUAUCUACAUCAUCACAGAGUUCAUGGAGAAAGGUAGUUUAUUAGACUUCUUAAAGAGUGAUGAGGGCAACCGUGUCCAGCUCCCCAAGCUCAUCGACUUCUCGGCCCAGAUUGCAGAGGGCAUGGCCUACAUUGAGCAGAGGAACUACAUCCACAGAGACCUGAGAGCUGCCAACAUCCUGGUCAAUAAGGCUUUAGUGUGCAAAAUUGCUGACUUUGGUCUCGCUCGCAUCAUUGAAGACAACGAGUACACAGCCAGGGAAGGAGCCAAAUUCCCCAUCAAAUGGACAGCCCCUGAGGCCAUCAACUACGGCUCUUUCACCAUCAAAUCUGACGUCUGGUCCUUUGGCAUCUUGCUGACUGAGAUUAUCAGCUAUGGGCGCACACCGUACCCAGGCAUGACUAACCCAGAAGUGAUCCGUUCCCUGGAGAAGGGCUACCGAAUGCAGCGCCUGGACAGCUGUCCCACCGAACUCUAUGAAAUCAUGCUGGAGUGCUGGAAGAACAAGCCUGAGGACCGUCCCACCUUUGAUUACCUGCAGAGUGUCCUGGAGGAUUUCUACACAGCCACAGAGAGCCAGUAUCAGCAGCAGCCAUGAGACUUAGCAUCCACAGAUGGGUUUCCUCUUCUAGUACUAUUCCAUUCAUACUCAACAACAAGUCAAGGUUACUGCGUAUGUGCAGCAGUGCAAUUCAGAGCCCAAACAUACACAUGCACACACACACACACACACAAACA